AUGAUGUACAAAGUAUUCGUCGUUGUGGUCGUUUUAGCCGCCGCCAUGUCCACGGUGUCUGCUCAAAUAGGCGGCGGACGAGGGGGCGGGGGCUUCGGUGGGCAGAGUGGAGGCUACGGCGGACAGGGCGGAGGCUAUGGCGGGCAGGGCGGAGGCUAUGGCGGGCAGGGCGGGGGCUACGGCGGGCAGGGCGGAGGCUACGGCGGACGGGGCGGAGGCUACGGCGGACGGGGCGGAGGCUAUGGCGGGCAGGGCGGGGGCUUCGGCGGGCGCGGAGGAGGACAAGGAGGAUUCGGCCAGCGAGGAUUUGGUCAAAACGGUGGAUUCGGUCAAGGAGGUUUCGGCCAGGGCGGACAGGGUGGUUACGGCCAAGGACAGGGCGGUUUCGGCGGUGGAUUUGGACCUGGUGGCGGUUUCGGAAGACGCUAA